AUGCCGAUGAAGGAUGGAAAGCAUGUCUUGGCCUCCAUGCGAUCAGUGUCUGCUGUGGUCAUCAUCGAGAAGGCCAGUGGUGACAUCGUUUGGAAACUUGGCCCCGAAACACUCGCCCAGCAACACAACGCCACAGAGCUAGACAACGGGAACAUUCUGAUUUUCGACAAUGGCGCGUUCCGUAACGGUGAAUCGAUCACCUAUACCAGAGCCAUCGAGGUGGACCGCAAGACGAAGAAAAUUGUUUGGGAGUACAGAGAUCGGUCGCAGAUGCUUUACUUCUUCACACCUUUCAUGGGUAGCGCACAGCGCCUGGCAAAUGGCAACACUCUGCUGUGUGAGAGCGCUUUUGGUCGAAUCUUCGAGGUGACGAAAGAAGGGUAUAUUUGUUGGGAAUAUAUCAAUCCACAUUUCGCCCCGUAUCCUGACCAGGCAACGGCCAAAAUCUUUCCCGGCGAGUCCAAUGCGUUGUUCCGCGCAUACAGAUAUUCACAAGAUGAAAUUCCGUGGCUAAAGCGCAGGAUCCAAAGUGAUGCCGCGAAAUGCUCUGUAAGCUAG